AAGAGAAUUAGAGAGAGAAACUGAAACACAGACAGAGGUUUCAAAUCUAACCUCUUUUUCUUUUCAGUCCACGCUUCCUCCAAUGAAUCUUUCCCCUUUCCAUUCCAAUUGUAAAUUGCAGUAAUAAUCACCGUUUUCCUCCACAUUUUCUCCUCUAAUUCAUUCACCUUUCUCUUCCUUUCUUAUUACCAAAUGAAAUCAAACAGAUAGAUAAUAAAAAGCGCAUUUCAUUUUAUACCCGUACUUCUACUUCACUUCAAUUUUUCCUUCUACCCAUUUCUCAUUUUCGAUUUUAUCUUCUUCUUCACUCAUCACUCAUCUAUUCUUCUUCCCCUUUUUUCAAAUUCAAUUCUUCCUUCCACUUUUCAUUACCUGAAUUCAAUUCAUUUUCCCAUUGGGUCACCCUAACCCCCCCUUUUGCGUUUGCUGCUCUCCUUCCUCGGAAUUUAGCAUUUUUAGAUUCUGUUGGACUUUAAUCGAAUUGGGUAUCUUCAAGAUCUGCAGAACCAUUUGUCCAGAGCAAAAAGUUUUGAUCUUUGCGGUGGGACCUACUGGAACACCGGUUUGGAUCCGAUCGGGGUAGAAACAGCGCCAUCAGAUGGCGCUGUUCAGAAGGUUCUUCUACCGGAAGCCGCCGGAUCGGCUUCUCGAGAUCUCUGAGAGAGUUUAUGUUUUUGACUGUUGCUUCUCUGCGGAUGUCUUGGAAGAAGAUGAAUACAGAGUUUAUAUGGGGGGGAUUGUGACUCAGCUGCAGGAUCACUUCCCAGAUGCUUCUUUCAUGGUGUUUAACUUCAGAGAAGGGAUGAGGCGCAGCCAAAUCUCAGACAUAUUUUCUCAAUAUGACAUGACAGUUAUGGAGUAUCCUCGGCAAUAUGAGGGUUGUCCUCUUCUUCCUCUAGAGAUGAUCCAUCACUUUCUUCGAUCAAGUGAAAGUUGGUUGUCUUUGGAGGGACAACAGAAUGUGCUUUUGAUGCACUGUGAAAGGGGAGGUUGGCCCGUGCUGGCAUUUAUGCUAGCAGGUCUUCUAUUAUAUCGGAAACAGUACAGUGGGGAGCUGAAGACUCUUGAAAUGGUCUACAAGCAAGCUCCUAGAGAACUACUCCACCUUUUAACUCCUUUGAACCCACAACCUUCUCAGUUCAGAUAUCUUCAGUAUAUUUCCAGGAGACAUUUGGGUUCUGAGUGGCCACCUCCAGAAACACCCUUAUAUCUGGAUUGUCUGAUUCUUAGAGUCCUUCCCUUAUUUGAUGAUGGAAAAGGUUGCAGGCCUGUUAUACGUGUUUAUGGUCCAGACCCUUCAAAACCUGCCAACAGAAGUUCAAAGCUUCUUUUUUCAACUUCAGAAUCUAAAAAACAUGUUUCCCACUACCUACAGGCAGAGUGUAUGCUCGUGAAAAUUGAUAUUCGUUGUCGUGUUCAAGGGGAUGUAGUUCUCGAGUGCAUACAUUUAAGUGAAGAUUCUAUUCGUGAGGAGAUGAUGUUUAGAGUUAUGUUCCAUACUGCAUUUGUUCGUUCAAACAUAUUGAUACUGAGCCAUGAAGAAAUUGAUAUUCUGUGGGAUUUUAAGGAUCAAUUUCCCAAGGACUUCAAAGCAGAGGUGCUUUUUUUGGAUGCUGAUGCUGUUAUACCUGAUCUAAACACAGUCACGGUGAGUGGAGAUGCGAAUGAGACGGAAAGUGCUGAGACAGAAAGUGCUUCACCUGAGGAAUUCUAUGAAGUAGAUGAAAUUUUCAGCAAUGUAAUUGAUGCACAGGAAGGUAGGGCAGAGGAUGAUUCUCAUGCUUUUACUGACAAUGCAAUGGGUGAUGAAAAUCAUAAAGAGGUCUGGAAGGAAGAGUUGGAGCCUCACUCUUUUCAAGAUUGCACGUCGAAUGAUGGGAUUCUCAAACAGGCUGACAAGACAGAUUCUGGUAUUAGUGCGGUGAAAGACAUCUCUAUUGAUGAUGUGAACUACAAGUUCAAUGAGAACAUGGAUUCAGAUCCUCAUGUAGUGAAGGACAUUGCUGUGGAUGAUGGAGAAAUUAAGUCAACUUCCACUGCAGUCACUUCAGAUAUGGUGAAGCCUUUGGAAAUGAAGGAAGUCACUGUAGAUGUGCACCAGGAAUCUACUGUUAUGGAGAACAAAUGUGAAGAUAAUGAAGCAACAGAAAAGGAAUUAGAUUCCAUGGCCGGGGAGUAUAUGUCUGAUAUUUCCAAACAAAAAUCUGGCAAACCACUUCCAUCUACUGCCAAGAAACAACUUCCAUCAAAUUCAAAGCCAGUUGGAGAUACCUUAUUAACAAAGCAAAAGACUAAACAGCAAGAAACCCUUGGUUUUCAGGCAAAACAAGCUAAGCCAACUGCAGCAACCAAGUGGAUUCCAUCUAACAAGGGUUCUUACAUAAAUUCAAUGCAUGUCUACUAUCCACCAAAUAGGAUUAAUAGUGCACCAGCUGCACUGUCAAAUUUGACCUCUUCAAAGGAGAAAAUCGAAGAUGCCAAAGCAAGAUCUGUAUCUGCUCCUGUUGUCUCUGCUUCCGCUGUUAAUACUAAAAGUGACAUGAAAACUCGCAAGUUGGCCAUUUCAAAAUCAGCAGGCCACAUAUUAGCAGAAGUAGAUGCAAAACGUCCUUCAUCACCAUUACCAUCAAUUGAAGAGACAUCUCUUCAGUCAGAUACUCAAGUACAACAACAGAGCUCAGAUCAAGUGCUACAGUCUCCCUUGCCAUCUCCCCCUCCAUCUCCACCCCAUGGAGAUACUACUAACUCUUCUUCACAUGUCUUUAAACCCUUAUCAUUACAAGAUGAUGUAUCACCUCAAGCCUCUCCAUCAUCACUAGUAACAUCUUCAGGUGGAAAGGGGUCCAUUGCACUGUCGCCGCCUCCACCACCACCGCCGCCACCAACUUUAGCAUCAUUUACUACACAAAAAGUAUGGGUGGAUUUACAACUUGCAACUUCUCCCCCUUUCUCUCCACCACCACCUCCACCCCCGCCUCCAUUUUCUGGGCUGAAUAAAAGGGACUCAUUACAUUCUACAUCUCCCUCCAUUUCUGAAGUGCUUACUACAGUGGUCCCUACAAGAUCUCCUCCUCCUCCACCACCACCACCAUUGCCUCCUCCAAGGUAUGAAGUUCCAUCCAUUCCUCCUCCACCUCCACCUCCCCCCCUAACACCAUCAACAACACCUCCUUUAGAGCAUGGAGUUCCGCCAAUGCCCCCUCCUCCUCCUCCAUUUCCUACAUCUUCAAUACAUAAGGCUCCAACUCCAACCCCACCAGCCCUAAUCUCAUCACAUACAGCUCCACCGGCACCCCCACCUCCACCUCUCUUAGCUAAUGCUCAUAUACCUACAUUACCCUUAACUACACCUCCACCUCCACCUCCACCUCCAUUGCCUUUUAAUAGUGCUCCACCACCACCACCACCUUCACCUAUUAGUAGGGCUCCACCACCGCCACCUCCACCUCCUUUUAGUAGUGCUCCUCCUCCACCACCUCCACCUCCCCCACCUCCUCCAUUGCAAGGAUCUGCACCUGCACCUCCCCCACCGCCACCUCCACCUCCUUUUAGUAGUGCUCCUCCUCCGCCACCUCCACCUUCCUUUGGUAGAGCUCCACCUCCGCCACUUCCACCUCCCUUUGGUAGAGCUCCACCUCCGCCACCUCCACCUCCCUUUGGUAGAGCUCCACCUCCAUUGGGUGGAGGCCCACCUCCACCACCACCUCCUCCAAUGUCUAGAGCCCCACCUCCACCUCCUCCUCCAAUGCAUGGAGCACCUCCACCUCCUGGUGGUCGAGGCCCCCCUCCUCCACCUCCUCCAAUGUAUGGAGCACCACCUCCUCCUCCACCUCCUGGUGGUCGAGGCCCCCCUCCUCCGCCUCCUCCAAUUCGUGGAGCACCACCUCCUCCUCCACCUCCUGGUGGUCGAGGCCCCCCUCCUCCACCUCCUCCAAUGCAUGGAGCACCACCUCCUCCUCCAUCUCCUGGUGGUCGAGGGCCCCCUCCUCCGCCUCCUCCAGGUGGUAGAGGUCCACCUCCUCCACCUCCCCCCGGUGCUUCUCCUCUUAGACCUCCUGGUGGUGGUCCUCCACCACCUCCCGCGAAUAUUGGAGGAAGAGGGCGUGGAUAUGCACGCCCAGCAGGAGCUAGUUCAAUGGCACCCCGGCGAUCCAACCUAAGGCCUCUGCAUUGGAAUAAAGUUGCAAGGGUGGUGCAGGGAAGUUUGUGGGAAGAAUUACAAAGAAAUGGAGAUCCUCAAAUUGAACCAGAUAUUGAUGUUUCAGAGCUAGAGAAGUUUUUCUCUGUGAAUGUUCCCAAACCUGCUGAUUCAGGUGGCAAAUCUGGAGGACGACGCAAGUCUGUUGGAUCUAAACCUGACAAAGUCCAAUUGGUUGACCUAAGAAGGGCUAAUAAUACUGAAAUAAUGCUCACUAAGGUUAAGAUGCCACUUCCUGAUAUGAUGGCUGCUGUACUGGCUUUGGAUGAGUCAGUACUAGAUGUUGAUCAGGUGGAAAAUCUCAUUAAGUUUUGUCCUACCAAAGAAGAGAUGGAGCUUUUGAAGGGAUACACUGGUGACAAGGAGAAUUUGGGGAAGUGCGAACAGUUUUUUUUGGAGCUGAUGAAGGUGCCAAGGGUGGAGUCAAAAUUAAGAGUAUUCGCUUUCAAAAUCCAGUUUGGGUCUCAGGUUACUGAAUUCAAGAAAAGUUUAAACACUGUGAACUCUGCCUGCGAAGAGGUCCGGAAAUCUGUCAAACUGAAGGAGAUUAUGAAGAAAAUUCUAUUUUUGGGUAAUACAUUGAAUCAGGGAACAGCAAGGGGAUCUGCUGUUGGGUUCAAGUUGGAUAGUCUUUUAAAGCUCACGGAGACUCGUGCUUCUAACAGUAGGAUGACGCUGAUGCACUAUCUUUGCAAGGUCCUAGCUGAAAGGUCACCUGGACUCCUUGAUUUUUAUGUAGACCUUGUUAGCCUGGAAAGUGCCACUAAGAUACAAUUGAAGGCGUUAGCAGAAGAGAUGCAGGCAAUCAUCAAAGGAUUAGAAAAGGUUAAACAAGAGCUUGCUGCAUCUGAAAAUGAUGGACCUGUGUCUGAAGGUUUCCGUAAGACAUUGAAAGAAUUCAUAACAGUAGCCGAGUCAGAGGUGGCAGCUCUAACAAACCUAUAUUCUGUGGUGGGGAGAAAUGCUGAUGCACUUGCGCUAUAUUUUGGUGAGGAUCCUGCUCGAUGCCCACUUGAGCAAGUUACUGCAACUCUUUUUAAUUUUAUAAGGUUGUUUCGGAAAGCACAUGAAGACAAUUGCAAACAAGCAGAGUUAGAGAAGAAGAAAGCCGAGAAAGAGGCUGAAAUGGAGAAGGCUAAGGGAGUCGACUUGACAAAGAAGAGUGCAAAAGAUGGAUAACGUCUUAAGUUUUCUUCUCCUUUACUCCGACAUUACGUUCUUGCCAAAGAGCAGGAAUCUACCCUUGUAAGGGGAAUGCUUCUGAGACCAGUUAUGAAGCCUCCCUUUCAACGAAGAUGAUGAUGAUGAUGAUGAUGAUGAUGAUGAUGUGACAAUUAGCCUUUCAAGCUGAUCUGUUGAGGUGGAAAAGCAAAUUCUUGCCACCUGUGGACCUUCGAACACAGCACGCUUCACAGUUGAUUCUUUGAUGGCAUGCUGUUGAACCAGAUUUCUACGGCGAAUUGAUCUUUUUUUGUUAAAAUACUCGGGAAAGCCCAAAUCUUGACGCAGAAUGGAUGCUUACUAUGAUUGGUUGAGAUUUCAUCUGCAUCCAUUGCAUGCUAUGGAAAAGAUAGAUCCAGUACCUGCCAUGUUGAUUCCAGAAGAAAUUUUUGUAGUAGAGCAUGUCUUCUGUUGCAGUUGAACUGGAAUUGGCUUGCACCUUUCAUUUGGCAUAUUUUGUCUGGCACCAAAGCAGAUAGAUGCUUUUGGAUUUGCGAAGCGCAAAAGUCUAACCGUAGUACCAUGAAUCUUGUACAGAGCACUGACCUUCUCCUUUAGGAUCCAAUUCUUUCUCAUGUAACAUAGAAAUUAGAUUCCUUUCAGGUAGAGAUUUUGGUAGAUACCACAGAGAGAAUGCUGUAUAGCUAUCAGGUUAAGAGAAUAGAAAUCAGGUCACUGUAUUGUAGUAACUGUAUUAUAAGUGAGGAGCAGGCCAGGUUAGAAAUGCUAGUUUCAUUUUUCAUGUGAAAAACAAUACUUACUAGUGAAGUGCAAAACGCUCUUGUCACAUUCUGCUGUGCCAAGAGCUCAUGAAAUUUACCACGCUGGAUUGUGUGUGCCCACAUUUUGGUUGUAUAAUAAUAGUGAAAAUUCAGGAAUAAUGCAGCUAUUUAAUGGUGCCGUCUGGAAAUGUACCUCACUACUUGAAUCCU